AUGACAUUGGGUGCUAGGACACUACGGUCUUUGGCGCAGUCUCGACGAUAUCUGUCGACCACUAGGACGCUACCUUCUGCACAGUAUACGGACCCCACGAAACGUCAUGAUAUAGCUAUCGUUUCGACUCCCGAGGAUCUUCCUCCGAGCGAGCGGCAUGUUCUGGAUAGUGCACUGCGAGUUGACCAAGCUGGGGAAGUAGCGGCUAACUGGAUAUAUCGCGGUCAGAUGGCAGUACUUGGACGAGAUCCUAAUACUGGUCCUAUCAUCCAAGAUAUGUGGGAUCAGGAGAAGAAACACAUAGCAGUGAUGAAUCAGAUGCAGGUUCAGCAUCAGGUCCGUCCGACUGUCCUGUGGGAGGUUGCAAAGGUAGCUGGUUUUGGCUUGGGUGCGGUGACCGCCUUAAUGGGCAAGGAGGCUGCGAUGGCAUGCACGGAGGCUGUCGAGACCGUUAUCGGUGAACAUUACGAUGACCAAUUGCGGGAGAUGGAAGGGCUUUCGACGUCACAUCCGAGUAUCCCAUUACUGAAGGAUGUCAUCCGAGAAUUCCGGGACGAUGAACUCGAACAUCUCGAUACGGCCGUCGAAAACCAUUCGCAAAGGGCACCGGCGCAUGCCCUGCUGAGUACGGUAGUCGGGGCCGGAUGCAAGGUUGCUAUAGAACUGUGCAAGCGAUUCUAG